UUAGUCAAAGGUGGAAUAAAGUAGUCGAUGUAAAGUUACAGAAGUGAUAAAAAUUGAAAAUAAAAAUGAAAUUGUUAAAUAUUUUCUUACUUGUUGCAUUUUUUGUUGCAGUGUUUACUCAACUCUCAGUUGCCCAGUCACAUGAUGAUGACAACAAUCAUAAUGAAAAUGGUGGACGCCGUCGUCAUCACCAUUUUGAAGGUGAAGAAGGGGAUCAUUCCAAUCAUGGACACCGUAGACGUCGUCAAUAAAUCAAAUUCAAAUGAAAACUUAACAAAAUAAAUCUGAGAAUUUUAAACAAAAUAUUAAAAUAAAAAAUCAAUUCUUUUUAAAUUUGG